AAAAACAGGAGCCUGUCAUGUUUCACUGACGGAGCCCUCUCAACUGGCGAAUGAAAAGUGUGCAUCCGAGGGUGGGGCUUGCCUCAGUCUCUCAUGAUUGGCUGCUGGAUGGAAUUAAGGUGAAUGGAAGACGUGCCCAAGGAGCAAGACCCUAACCCAUCAGAGGGAGAAGAGAAACGGUGGCUCAAUGGCCCGAAAAGGAAGAGGAAGAACAGCCAAUGUUCGUUGAAGAGUAUGACUGCACGUUGUCUGAGUGACAGCUCCAAAUCCCCCGAGCUGAAAGAAGCGAGUAAAGAAGGGUACAUCCCCAGCUACCUCGAAAAGGAUGAGCCAUGUGUGGUGUGUGGCGACAAGGCCACAGGUUACCACUACCGCUGCAUUACCUGCGAGGGUUGCAAGGGUUUCUUCCGUAGGACCAUACAAAAGAACCUCCACCCCAGCUACUCCUGUAAGUACGAUGGCUGCUGCAUCAUCGACAAGAUUACCCGCAACCAGUGUCAGCUCUGCCGCUUCAAGAAGUGCAUUGCAGUGGGCAUGGCCAUGGAUUUGGUUCUGGAUGACUCAAAGCGGGUGGCUAAACGGCGUCUGAUUGAAGAGAACAGGGAGCGGCGCAAGAGGGAGGGAAUGGUAAAAACCCUCCAGAACCGUCCAGAGCCCACCGACAGCGAGUGGGAGGUGAUCCACCUGGUGACAGAGGCCCACCGACACACCAAUGCUCAGGGCGCACAGUGGAAACAGAAGCGCAAAUUCCUGCCAGAAAAAAUUGGCCAGUCCCCGGUUGCCCCCACGUCAGAUGGAGACAAGGUGGACCUGGAGGCCUUCAGCGAGUUCACCAAGAUCAUCACUCCUGCCAUCACCCGUGUCGUCGACUUUGCCAAAAAACUGCCCAUGUUCUCUGAUCUACCCUGUGAAGACCAGAUCAUCCUGUUGAAGGGCUGCUGCAUGGAGAUCAUGUCACUGCGGGCUGCCAUGCGCUACGACCCAGAAAGUGAGACGCUGACACUGAGCGGGGAGAUGGCUGUGAAGCGCGAGCAGCUGAAGAACGGUGGGCUGGGCGUGGUGUCGGACGCCAUCUUCGAUCUGGGCAAGAGCCUGGCACAGUUCAACCUGGACGACACGGAGGUGGCGCUGUUACAGGCCGUGCUGCUGAUGAGCUCAGAUCGUUCGGGCCUGACCUGCAUGGACAAGAUCGAGAAGUGCCAGGAGACCUACCUGCUGGCGUUUGAGCACUACAUCAACUACCGCAAGCACAACAUUCCUCACUUCUGGCCGAAGCUCCUGAUGAAGGUGACCGACCUGCGGAUGAUCGGGGCGUGCCACGCCAGCCGCUUCCUUCACAUGAAGGUGGAGUGUCCCAACGAACUCUUCCCACCGCUCUUCCUGGAGGUCUUCGAGGACCAGGAGGUGUGAAACACAGUUGCAGCCACGCAAAGGGAAGAGGAGGUUGGGGCAAACUGGGAGAUGGGAAGGGCCAUCAUCUUUAUAGGGGAAGGAUGGAGGGAGAGUCCUCUCGGCAGGAAUUUGCAUUUCUCCAUCAUCACAUUUACAUUAUGUGGUUUAAAAAACUGGAACCAACAAUAACAGAAACAACACACCAGCAACAGGAGAGUCAAGCAAACAGAGGAUUUUGUUUUACGAAACGCCCUCUCCGCCACCUCUUUCUCCUCCUUUUACUUACCCCUGUUUUGAGAUUUGUGUGGGGGCCCUUCUGUCUGAGCAUGAUGUCUUAUCUAGUAAGAGCUGUAGCCAUUUGCCAAGACACAUAUACACCGAUACACACACACACAACACACACACCGAUACACACACACAAACAACACACACACACAGCCACAGCCUGUUCCACCUCAGUUUUUCAGAACAGCACUCUUUGCAGGGGUCCGUCCCCCCC